GCUUUUGCGGAGGUGGAUUUCGCGCAGGUGGAAUAUCCAUGUGAACACUUCAGACGGCGCGACUUCAUCUGCUGCCUUACAGUAAUUUUGGAGGAGCUAAAGGAAUUAUAUUUUAAAGAGAUCGACAACUGGAUAAAACAAAAAGGGACAUGCUUGUUUAGUGGAUUAAAAUGGAUUUUCCUGUUGUUGCGGGGCUGUACAUCAUAUGUUGCUCGUUCGCAGUCGGCUCCGCAGUGUUUACUGUAGCUUGCAUCGAUCGCGUCUCUGGAAAGUGUUAGACGGUGUUCAAGGUUUAAAUCUCUUAUUUCUAACGGAAUAAAGGGAAUGGUACAGACAAUUUUCUUACACAAUGGACACGUGUGCGCUUUUUGUAGUCAAAAUAAACAGAUUUGUGCUUGCAGCAGGUAUUGCGAAUGAACUGAUGGAAAAGUCGCUGGCUUAUUUGUUUUAUGUAAGAAAUACAUAUGCAAAAUAUGCAAGGUGAAUUAAUGACUUGUUUUUAAAAAUCUAUUAUAAAGAGCCUGUCGUACACAGUGUCAUUACAUGUGUGGUUACUGGUCCAGUUUAUGAGCAAUAAUACCUAGUAGGUUUAUAGAGGUAACGUGGAUGAUAAUUGCGGAUGAAAAAAAAUCGGAUACAAUGGAUGAAGGCAGUAUUUCUGAGACUUUGCCGGAAUUAAAAGACUUGGAGCUCAAGAUUGGGAGGAAAAUGCCAGAUGGGCUGCUGAAAUGGAUGCGUGAUGACGCCGCUUUGCACCUAGAAGAUGGCAAAUUGAGUAAAGAUAAAGAUCCUCGCAAGAAGGACCUUGGCGACAAGAUAAGGGAUUUAAAGAUAGAUAUGGCGUUGUUGCGCUCGGCGGACGUGAAGAUCCUGCGGCAGCUCCUGGCGCUGCAUGAGGGCGUCGAGUCGCUCAAGUGGCUUCUGGAGGAACGCGGCACGCUGACCAGCCACUGCAGCAGCCUGACCGGCAGCCAGUACAGCCUGGCCGAGGGGCCCGACGCCUCGCUGCGAGAUAGCUGGAGCAGCCUGCACGACCCCAAUGACCGCCUGGACAACAUCUCCAUCGGCAGCUACCUCGACACGCUGGCUGACGACCUGGACGAGUACUGCCCGUCUGGCUCUGAAUCGACACACUGUCCCGCUCCCCUGGGCACAGAGCUCUGUGGCCAGACUGGUGCUGGGUCGGGCAAGGUUGAGCGAGCCAAAGUCGAGGCUUCGGUCUGGACCAGGCCACCAUCUGAGACUUCCAAAGCUACAGAGCCAGGAAGAGCGGCCCCAGGUGCCAAGGAUGCUGGGCAAGCACAGGCGGGCAAGAAUCACGGGCUCCCUGAGAAGAAUGUUCAGCACGGGGUCGACCAGGACUCUGCAUGCGCCAGCCUAGUUGAGAAACUUACUCAGAGCCAGAGCCCCAAAGUCAAGCCCUACAAGAACGGGAAGGUUGACCUGGAAGCAAAAAUGCUAAACGGACUGAACGGCAGAAUGAACCUGGAGUACGAUGCCCACUGGCACUGGGUACAGUCACAGGACGAUGUGACUUUUCUGUGAGGAGCUUCUGGGGUUCGGGGGCUGGGGGAGGUGAGGAGCCCUUAUAGAAUGUCCUCUGUUACUCUCAACCUCUCAGUCCUUAACACAGCUGAAGUGGCUCGUGGGCUUCGAUCAAAAACACAUCAACAAGUGCUGCACGGUUACUUUACGUUGUAGAUCUGUUUCACCGGGAGUUUUUUAUUACCUUCUAAGAAACUGUGGUCCACCUUUUGUGUGAAAACCCAAGUAUGCAACUAUAAAUCUUAAUAUCACGAGAAAUACCUAAAUAUAGUGAUUUUAAGAAGAAGCAGAAACUGAUAAUUCUUCUUUGUCUGCAAUGCAGUCUUUAUUAUCGAAAGGUUUUUAUUUAAGUCAUAUUUAACCAACUAGUUCACCCAGCCAGUAAAGAUCUGGAUGCCUUAAGAUAGACGACAGUCUAAAACCAUUCAGAUGUAAUUGUAAUUGGCUGUGUUGGAAUGUGUUUUUUUGCGGAAUGCCAAAUUUUGGACACAGUCAUGCUAAUGCAGUAGGUGAUAAUAGCAUAGCUGAUAAUGCUUUUAUUAUUACAUGUAUGCAGAUACAUGAGUGAAAUUGUGGAGUUUUAUAUGAUGCACAAGUUUUAAUAUAACUGAAUAUUGUAGUAUAAUGCAAAUUCAUAGUAAAUGAAAGUGGUUAUAUUUAACAAAUCUGAAUGUGACUUAUUGUAAUCAUGUUAAUUUCAGCGCAGUUGUAAUCAACACAUUCUUCUUAUGUGAUUAUAAUUCCAGAUACGUGCACUGUUGUGUUGUAAUCUGAAGUGUCCUUUGAUUAAAUUCUGCCACUAUUAAAUAUUUCAACCUUU